ACAGUCACCAGCAAGUUCAGCAGUUGAAUCCACCUUUUCAUAUUCUACAAUCCCCAGUUCAAUACCAAGUUCAGUCUCAACAGAAACACUUUCCACCAUCGCAGCUACUCCAUCCAACCAGAUCAUGAGCACACAGCAACCAGCAAGUUCAGCAGUUGAAUCCACCUUCUCGUCUUCCACAAUCCCCAUUUCAAUAUCAAGUUCAGGCUCAACAGGAACAGCAGAAAUUUCCAUCAGCAUAGCGACUCCAUCCAGCCUGAUCAUGAGCACACAGCCACCAGCAAGUUCAGCCGUUGAAUUCACCGUCUCAUCUUCAAUAAGUCCUAUUUCCAUAUCAAGUUCAGGCUCAACAGGAACAGCGGAACUUUCCACCAGCAUAGUGACUCCAUCCAGCCUGAUCAUGAGCACACAGCCACCCACAAGUUCUGCAGUUGAUUCCACCUUCUCAUCUUUCACAAUCCCCAUUUCAAUAUCAAGUUCAGGCUCAACAGGAACAGCGGAACUUUCCACCAGCAUAGUGACUCAAUCCAGCCUGAUCAUGAGCACACAGACACCCACCAGUUCAGCAGUUGAAUCCACCUUUUCAUAUUCUACAAUCCCUAUUUUAAUAUCAAGUUCAGUCUCAACAGAAACAAUUUCCACCAUCACAGCUACUCCAUCCAGCCUGAUCAUGAGCACACAGCCACCCACAAGUUCAGCAGUUGAAUCCACCUUCUCAUCUUCCACAAUCCCCAUUUCCAUAUCAAGUUCAGUCUCAAUAGGAACAAUUUCCACUAACACAGCUACUCCAUCUAUUGUGAUCAUGGGCACACAGACACCCACAAGUUCAGCACUUGAAUCCACCUUUUCAUCUUCCACAAUUCCCAUUUCCAUAUCAAGUUCAGUCUCAACAGGAACGAUUUCUACCAUCACAGCUACUCCAUCCAGCCUGAUCAUGAGCACACAGCCACCCGCAAGUUCAGUCGUUGGAUCCACCUUCUCAUCUUCCACAAUCCCCAGUUCAAUAUCAAGUUCAUUCUCAUCGACGCACUACGUGGCCUCAAGCACGGUGAAGCCCACUGUGACCGUGUCCAUCUCCCAGACGGACUUCAGCCCCAACACUAGCCGAAAUGCAACUAUUGCCGCAUCAGUGGUGUGUGGGAGCCUGCUGCUGAUGCUGCUGCUACUUGCGGUGCACUACUUAUGCAAGAGAAAAAGGAGUGUAAUUUACCACAUCGCCUAAGGAGUGCUGGUGAAGACAUUGAACAAUUUCAGCUGUCAGAGAUCAAGAACCCAUAAUUGCAUGGUGGUUGUUAAGCAUUAUCCAAUGCAUGCUUGUGCCAUGACAAUAUUCUAUAGGUCAGUUCCCCAAUUUGACCACGAGUUGACUUCUUCAUAUAAAAAAAACCUUCUUGUUAAGUCAUUAAUGUUAUAAAUCCAACGCGUGGCGAUCUGCGAUGUCGGUCUGUAUCACUGUGGUUGCCUCUCUUGUGCUGCCUUCAGAAAAGUGUGAGCUUCCAAGGCACGAAUUCAGCACAUUGAAUAAUAAUCAAUAUCACACCAACUAACAUCCAUUAGGUCCAGGACUUUGGCUGUAAUCAUUUACACCAUACGAUGUUGUGUUAAGGAAGUUUAUCCUUCAUCCCUUAUAUCAUAAUAAGAAUAAUAAUUUACAUUUGUAAGGAGCGCUUCACAUAGAUCCAAAUACACCACUUUCCUACUUUGAUGUUUCACGAGGGUUUUUAUAUCCAGGUAGCCAAUGUAAUUCCAUGAAGACUUUUAUUUACACUUUCAUUUUAACCGUAUAUGAAAGUGUAUGCUAAAUAAGUAUGAUACAAGUAAAAUACUCUGCAAUGCAAUGUGGAUUUAUAAAAGCGCCUAAAUGCAAACGCAUUUCAAGGCCCUGCAACACAACAAGGGGAUGGUGAUAGUGACAGGAGGACUAUUUGACCUUUAGAGUAAGAAAGAGAUGGUCACUCAUUGGGGGAGUAGGCAGUGACAGGUGAGUUUGGUGAGCGGAGGAUAGAGGUUGGAAGAAUUAUUUUUUUUAGAAUGUAAAUGAUUGUAGUGAAGUUAUUGGUGACACACGGAAAGUUCUCCGGAUGUGUGGUGGUGGGGAGACAAAGAGAGACAGGGGGCGAGAGGAGAAGCAGUCAGAUAUCAGAAAUUCCAUUCCUGAUUAUCUCCACCUGUGAUCGAGAAACAUGGCGGUGCAGUGGUUCACACUGGGCAGCUGAUGGUAGUUGUGGAGGAAGCUGGUGUGUGGACAUGCAGGAGGGAGUUGUCAGUGCUGAAAGGGGAUUUAAGGUUUUCAGCUCCAUUAGUAAUAAUAGCAGAAUGUGUAAUGUGGUCCUUGCCAGAGCUUAAUAGAUCGGGGAUUCCUCUCUGUUUUAAUGUAAGUAUUGUAUAUUCAGUGUCGGCUUCACAUAAACUAAACAUACUACACCAGCUUAAUGUAUUUAAAUCGACUCUGUAUUUAUUGGAUGAGUUAAUGUCUCAUUCUGUUCGAACCUCGAUUAUUCUUUAUAAAUGCUCUCUUUAAUUUACCCAUGAAAACCUCAAUGAAUCUCAAGAGUCCUUUUCAUUAGCGUCCUGUAUUGGAAUAUUUUGGUCCUGUAUUGGGAUGUUUGGCCAAUUCCAUUCAUGUUUGUUUGACAUGUGGCAAAAAACCGAGGUAUUGGAGAAAAUUCAUGCACAUAAGUGGAUAACACUCAAGGGUCUGCCUAUUAGAAUAAAUGUAACAAUUACCUGACCUGGUAUUGCUGGUAGAUUCAAAAGGUAUCCUGGAUUCCUUCUAAAUAAACAGUCAUUUAUCAACUGUUCCUUAGGUAGUAUUAAGUGUUAAUUUAUUAUAUUGAUAUUAAAGCACUAUUGUAGUAAUACAUUUAUUUUUUGCUGAUCUGUCUUACAGUUAGGAUGAACAAAUAAAAUUAUUUAUGUAUUUUUUUUAUAAAAUAGAAAUUGUAUUUUUUUAACAACUUGUUUUACUUGGUGGAUGUGCUAUAAACCCUACAUAAAUAAAUUAUAUCUCUUCCGAAUACAUUUUAA